CGAGUGAAAAUAAUAACCAAACAUCUCCACAACUUCAAUAUGGAGACAAAUGGUCAGAAAACUCUAAUAUUUCAUAGUAUUUCCCCUCAUUUAGGCUGAGAUCCACCUGAGGGCCGUUUCCCUUCAGCAGAGAACCUCAACGCAGUCGGUUCAGUUUGGUCCAUUCAAACACGGAACAUGAUAGACAUGGUGGGCUGUGAGCAUCGGUCCAGUUCUGACAGCUGCUGAGCAGAUAGCCUGUCUGAAGGACAAUAUGAGCUUCAACAUGUUGAGAACAGCGCCGCCUGUAAAUGUCUCUACCAUCAAACAGGUCAGCGGUGAUGAAAUGUCCCAAAUAUCUGACCUCAUCAGUAACUUGGAGGAUGCUGCCAGACCGGGUGACGUCAUCCGGUUACCGCGGCUCUCCACUGGGCGCCAUGCGGUCACGUGACCAAGCCGACAGCGUAAAAAGAACAGGCUGUGAUUCGCGGGAAAAAGAAAAAAAUGGCGCCUGAGAGAGUUUGAAGUUCAGUGCCGCGAAACAGAGACAGGAGAACCAGACGGAGACCGAGGACAGAGCGGACCCAGAGACUCCGAGCCGGUACCGAACCCUUGCUGUCUCACGGCUCGCAGAGGACCGGGAGGAGGACAGACCGUGACCGCUUCAGUGGAGGAUGUUUGAGAACCUGACCGAACCCUUCUGCAGUCUGGAGCCUCAGGUGUGUCCAGGGGGCGGGACUUGCCACAGCACCGGGGUCCUGGAGGACGAUGAGGGGGCGGAGCCUCACCUGAGUGAGGGUCAGUUUGUUCUCUGCCGUUGGUCAGAUGGUCUCUACUACGUGGGGAAGAUCCAGAGGGUGAGCCCUCAAAGGCAGAGCUGCUUCGUCACAUUUGAGGACAACUCCAAGUUCUGGGUUCUCUGGAAGGACAUACAACACGCUGGAAUCCCAGGGGAAGAGCCUCGCUGCUCGGUGUGCCAGGGGGCGGAGCCUAACUCCGGCAGCCAAUCGGAGCCGAACAAUGGCAUCCUGAUCUGUGGAAAGUGUGGCAUUGGCUUUCACCAGCUGUGCCACGUUCCUCCAGUAGAGGGCAGCGCCACCGACCUCAGCCCCUGGUUUUGCAGGCGCUGUGUCUUCGCUCUGGCUGUCCGGAAGGGGGGUGCCCUGAGGAAGGGUCCGAUAGCCAAGGCACUGUGGGCGAUGAAGCAGGUCCUGCCGUACGAUCUGGCAGCGCUGAACUGGGACUCUCAGCAUCGGACCAAUCAGCAGCAUUGUUACUGCUACUGCGGCGGGCCUGGCGAGUGGUACCUGAAGAUGCUGCAGUGCUUCAGGUGUCAGCAGUGGUUCCAUGAGGCCUGCACCCAGAGCCUGCAGGACGCCAUGAUGUUCGGGGACAGGUUCUAUCUGUUCCUGUGCGCCGUGUGUAACAGAGGAAGUGAGUACGUGCGCCGCCUGUCUCUGCGCUGGGUGGACGUCGUCCACUUGGCGCUCUACAACCUGUCCAUCAGCAGCAAGAAGAAAUACUUUGAGCUGGACGAGAUUCUGGCCUUCGUCUCCGCUAACUGGGACCAUCUGCAGCUGGGAAAGCUGUCCAACAGUCCUCCAGCAGAAAGGGGGCAGCACCUGCUGGACGCCCUGAACAAAUACAAGAGCAAGUUUCUGUGUGGGAAGGAGAUGAAGAAGAGGAAAUGCAUCUUCUGCCUGAGGACCCGCGUCCCCCCCAGCCCCCCCUCCAAGCUGUUUCCUGAGCGCGCUCAGAGCGACGCUGGGCGGGGCUCCACGAAGCCCGCCGCCAGUGUUCUGGCUGAGAGGAAGAAGAAGAAGUCCAAGUGGUUGCUAGAGGACGCCAUUCCCACCAGCGAGCUGAGCUGCAGCUGGACCUCCAAGAUGGCCACCAUCUUUGACUUCUCGCUGGAUGAGCUGCAGAGCCUCCAGAGCAGCUCCCGGAGCGUCAGCGUCGACCCGGGUUCCGGUUCCGGCUCCAGCUCCGGCUCCGGCUCCUCCCGCUGCAGGAGCAGAGUGGGCAGCAGGAAGAGGAAGUUACCUAGCAACAGCUAUAGCCAGUGGGCCAAUCGCAGCGAGGUGUGGGAGGAGCCAUCUGAUGACCCCGCCCACUUGACCUCUGAGCCCUCCUGCUUCCUGUCUGACUCCGCCCACAUCACCUCCAACUCCUCCAUCCUUCACUCCUCCAUCUCCUCGUACUUCGGAGCAGCGGGCCGGCUGACCAAUGGCGAGCGGUACCAGGUUCUGGCCCGCCGGGUCACACGUCAAGGGACGGUCCAGUACCUGCUGGAGUGGGAGGGGUCAACACCUUAUUAGGAGGCCCAGGUGUGGGAGGAGCUCUGAUCUGAUUGGUCCUCUCCUGUCCAGGGGACGAGUCAAAGCUGACCUGUGACCUUUACAGGCAGUAUUUAGCCCACCAGGUGUUCUAGUCAACCAAAGACUGUAGUUCCUCCGUCUGACUCUAGGUGGAGCUCUCCUCCACAGCUUCUUAUCUGUUAAACAGAGUUGUAUCUUCAACGCCCCCUAGCUGUUAAACAGAAGCACAUGUUUAUGGGGGCCACAUGUCCCUCAGGUCACAUGUUUACAAGCCCCGCCCCUUUUCUGUUACUGAAAUCUGAUUGGUCCGAGUCUCUCCGUGUUGCACUGUGGGCCAAUCAGAAUCUAUGCAAACACCCAGCUGAUCAUCAACAUCAGUUAGCUCCAAGCUAACGCUGCCAUUGAUGUGAAUGAGGAGUGCUAGCAAAAUCUGAGAUGUUAAACUGUCACUCUGUCACUUUAAAUGCUGCCAUGGUAACCAUGCCCCGCUCCGAUUGGCCUGGUGGACGGCUGUUUUGAUCAUGUGACGGUUCAACCAUUCACAAUAAAGUUAUCUGACCUUUGA